AUGGUGAGCACAAGAAGUGUCCUGCGUCUCCUCCACACCCUCAUUAAAGCAACCGGCGCCAAGCGAUUUCUUGACAUCGGUGUUUUCACUGGAUGCAGUUCUCUAGCAGCUGCGCUAGCUUUGCCGGAUGAUGGUCGAGUUGUUGGACUUGACGUUUCCAUGGAAUUCGCUAAAAUAGGAAUGCCGUUCUGGAAGGAGGCUGCCGUUGAUCACAAGAUAGAUGUUCGAGUUGCUCCGGCGAGUGAAUCUCUUGAUUUGAUGAUUAAGAAUGGCGAAACAUUCGAUAUGAUUUUCAUCGAUGCCGACAAAGAGGGUUAUCUAGAAUAUUUCAAGAAAUCUCUGAAAGUUCUAAAAAAGAACGGAAUCGUUGCCGUCGAUAACGUACUAUUUCACGGACAAGUACUGGACUUGGAGAACAACGGACCAAUGCCAGCAUCAGUAAGGAUAGUUAACGACAUUAUCUACAAAGACGACGCUGUUUUUGCAAGCAUGCUAACUGUUGGUGAUGGUCUUACCUUAGUAUUGAAGAAGUGA